AUGUCUAUCAUUACUAACUUUCAAUGCUACAGGACGCUUAGAAAUAUGACCCACAAGGGCGAUGAGGCAGAUUCAUACGGAGGUGAUGAAGUGGAUUCUAGUUACAAAACGGACACGAGCAGAGUCUCGCAUACCAAGGAAGAGGAACUUCACUCCAACAAUCCAUUCAAGUCCGAAAAUGAGACCCAUGGGCAGGCCGGUGGGACCCCAGCAGUGGCUCCUGAAACUGCGACUAAUCAGAGAGGAGAGUUUAUCUCUGAUGUUACGCCAAAGAGCAGGGGAACUGAGAAAUUUGGCGAAGCGGAAAGUCUAAGGAUGCAUCAACAUGGCGGAUAUACCGAGCGCCGUCCCACUCGAGAACUGGAAGGCGGAGGUCACGAUCCUGGAAGUCAAAAGCAAGAACAUGGGUCCAACGCCCAUACUUUUAGUACCACGCUUCCUGUGAACUCACAAUUGCCUUCCAAAGCUAGUAGCUCACCUGUUACCCCAGCUUCAACGGCGGAGCAGCACAAGAGGGGACUUUUUGGAAUGAAAGGAUCGAAAAAUGCAUCUGGCCCCAUGUCGAGCGAAUCAGCUGGGAUAGGAUCAAAGGAUUCUGCUGAGACCAAGUCAAGUUCGGUUUUGGAUCCUCUAAGAUUGAGAAAUAAGAUCAACGAACAGAGAAAGCAUUUUGGUCGUAAGAGUUCUGCCGAUCACGGUGCUGGUAUGGAGGGUACUAAAGAUACGACCAAAGUCAUCAAGACCACUCAUGUUACGAUGACGAAUUCUGAAGGAGAUUCAAGAGAGAUCCAUGCAACUUCAGUCACUCCUUCGCACCCUACUGGUGAGAUGGACCGAGACAAGAUGGACCGAGACAAGCAUGCAGCCGGCGGUGCCCAGCAUCGGGACUGGGGGAUCCAAAAGCAAGGCGUUACGACACCUAAGAAACAACUCACUGAAAUUGAGCAUGGCAGUGGGUCUGGCGAACACCUAAAGAGCAAAAAUGUUCAUACUUCAGCAACUGAGCAUAACACUGCUUCUCACGAUCUUUCGGAGAAGAGCAAUGUUCACAUUCCAGGAGAGUUUCGGUAUGAACCAGAAAAAUCUGGUUUGAGUGCUCCUGCGUCCAGUGGCCGCGGCUUUGAAGGUGAGGGUUACAACAAGACUGGUGACCAUGAACGCGAGAUUGGCGGAGUCGAACAUGGUAAAACGGCUGAUCGGCCCAGAAAUGAGGGAAGCCGUGACCUGGCCGCGGACAAUCACUCCUCUGAAAUUCUGAACAGGGGCGUCGAAAGCAUGGGGAUAUCACACGAGAAACACACCACUGCGGGAGACUCUUCCAUGAAAGCGAAGAACUUAGGUGGUUCGCGGCAUAUGCAGAGUGACACGCCUUCCUCUGCUUCAGGCAGAAAAGGUAUUUGGGUUGCUGGUCACGAAUUCAUACCCAGGGAGCCAUCGAGCAGAACUGUUGGUCACCAUAAUCUUGGCACUACAGACCUUGGAUCUAAAGACCUUGGAUCUAAAGACCUUGGAACAAAAGGCGAAAAGAACAGAACUAGCCAUGAUGCCGACCAUGGAGGUGAGUUGAGCAGAGGUACCACUCGCGAACCUCCCUUGAGCAGUGAAAAGAGCAGGACCAGCGGUGCUCAUGAAAAAGGGCUCUCCGCUACCAGCGGAACUGCGAAUCUGGGGGCCUACAUCCCACCCCAUGAACUUAUGGCACUAUCGAAGGACGAAGAAGCCGGUUACGAAGAGUAUUGUCCUUCAGGACUAGAGAUGGAUGAAGCCGCAAUUGCGGGCGCUGACACUGAAAGACGGCGUUCGUCGCUUGCUGAGUCGAACGAUGGGGCUGGAGAACGCUCGAAACCCAAGAGCAGAAGCAUGAGUCUAGGCCACGGUCAGUUUGCCACUCUAGGCAGAACGCUUUCUGGUAAGUCUCAUGCGAAGGCCGGAGAUGAACAAUCACACGCAAAGACCGGAGAUCACCAGGAAAUGGAAAGCUCCAACGAGACGAAAGAACCCUCUAAAAUUUCGACUACUUUCAGCAAUGCGUGGGGCGCAGUCACCGGAAGACGCCGCAGCAGUCACGGCGAGAGCGCAAAAUCCACUGAUCCUCACGACACUAGUCAAAGCAGCAAGUCGCCAACCGAGCAAAAGACCACUCCAGAGGUCCACCGCGAUGUUGGCGUUCGUGAACAUCGCGAACAUCACGUUGGUAGUGCCAGCGCCGAAGGUCGCCAUGACGAGCACUUCAAUGAUGUUCCAAAGCCCAUGAGCAACGAGGAGCCGUCUCAGCAAGAGGGUAAAUACGCACGUCAUGUUGGCAACAGUUCCAGUCUUGUGGACCCUACGGAACUCACCUACGGUGCUGUUGGAAGACGGAAGUCGUCUAGUGCCGACGACCACCAUCCUUCCUAUAAGCCCCAAGGGUUCCGGGGAAUGCGGAACGUUUCUGUGGGUUCGGGCGCCGACCAUGGUGAUAUGACAGAUCCGUCGGUGGUGCCAAUUGAGCAAGAAGGUGUUUCUGCUCAAGACCGUACGCCACGGAAUUCCGAAUUUGUCGCUAUGGAGGCCGAACAAAUUGACGAUCGCAUCAAGAACAAGCCUCACGAUCGAGUAGUCAAUGCUGCUGCUAGCUAUGCUAGAGGCCCUUGA